AUGAGCCACCUGGCCACCCUUCUCGCUGUGGCUCUGGCCGCCCUGCCGGCUCCAGGGGCCAGGGUGCCCACGAAGGGGUCCCGGAACAAGCUGCUCCUGGUGUCCUUUGAUGGCUUCCGCUGGAACUACGACCAGGAUAUGGAUACCCCCAACCUGGACGCCAUGGCAUGCGCCAGGGUGAAGGCAUGCUACAUGACCCCUGCCUUUGUCACCACGACCCGCCCCUGCCACUUCACCCUGGUCACCGGCAGGUACAUCAAGAACCACAGAGUGGUGCAUGACAUGUUCUACAGCACCACCUCCAAGGUGAAGCUGCCAUACCACACCACGCUGGGCAUCCAGGGCUGGCAGGACAACGGCAGCCUGCCCAUCUGGAUCACCGCCCAGAGGCAGAGCCAAAUGAGGGGGUUCAUGAUGAGCCAGGCCCACGCCCACCUGAGCGCCAAAGUGCCCACUGAGAUCGAGUUCCCGCGCUCGGGAAUGGUCUCAGCAAAGCCCUCGCCAGCUCCUCUGCAGAGAUGCCAAGCCCCGCACUCGGCGUCCAACCCCACUUGUGCCAUGGGCGUUCAGUCCAAGGAGAAGGGUCUAAAGACCGGUCUACCCCAGCGGAAAUGUCACCUACCAAGGCAUGUCAGUGACCCAGAGCAAGAGUGGAGGGCCAACAUCGACACAGUGAUGAGGUGGUUCACUGAGGACGGCCUGGACCUCGUCACGCUCUACUUCUGGGAGCACGACUCCACCGGUCACAAGUUUGGGCCCGAGUCUGCAGAAAGGAAGGACGUCGUGGGGCAGGUAGACCGGACCACGGGCUACCUGCAUGAGCGCAACCAGCAGAGCGGUCUGGCCAGCAGCCUCAACCUCAUCUACCACGGCAUGACCACCAUCAACAAGACAGCCAGCGACCUGGUGGAGCUCCACAAAUUCCCCAACUUCACCUUCAAGGACAUCGAGUUUGAGUUGCUCAACUACGGGACCAAUGGGAUGCUGCUGCCCAAGGAUGAACAACUGGACAAGGUAUACGGGGUCCUCAGGGAUAUGCACCCCAAGCUCCACGUCUACAAGGAGUUGUUCUCCAAGUCCUUCCACUAUGCCAACAACCCCCAGAUCAUGCCCCUGCUCAUGUACAGCGACCCCGGCUACAUCAUCCACAGGAGAACGAACACCCAGUUCAACAACGGGGAGCAUGGCUUUGACAACGGGGCACCGGACAUGAAGACCAUCUUCCAGGCCGCGGGCCCCAGGUUCAGGACCAGCCUGGAGGUGGAGCCCUUCGAGGAGAGUGUCCACGUGUACGAGCUCAUGUGUAAGCUGCUGGGCAUCGUGCCCGAGGCCAACGGCGGGAGCCUCAGCAGCCUCGUGCACCUGCUUCACCCAGACGAGGGCAGCACGCCAUCCCCACCUGCCACUCCCACCUGCUGCUCCCCAGCUGGGCCCACUCUGCCACCUGAUGGCUGCACAAGGGCUGCUCUCCAGCCCAGCAGCCAGGCCCCUUUGGUGAUGGGGCUGAUGGUGGCCACAAUUCUGGUCAAGGUCACACAAUGCCCCUCGGCUCAAGGUCAGAGGCUACAGGGUGGGGAGGGGAGGGAGAGUGGCGCUGAAACCCACACCUCUUUGCCUGAUGCCACUCAGGAGGCCGGGGCGGAGCUGCUGGCCACCAACUGA